CACUACGUUGGCCAGGCUGUUCUUGAACUGCUGACCUCAUGAUUUGCCUGCCUCAGCCCCCAAAAGUGCUGGGAUUACAGGUGUGAGCCACCAUGCUUGGCUUUUUACACUAAUUUUAAUGUACUGUUUAUGUUAUUUUUAUAUAAUAAGAUCACACGAUCCACAAAAUGCAACAUUUUACUUAUUCUCUUCAAUUCCAAUGGCUUUUUCAAAAUGUUUUUGACUAAUUUUUGUGCCAUACACUUUCAGUGCUACAUUAAAGUAGAAACAUUGACAAUGGGCACAAUGUAGUUUUAUAUUGGUAUCUGUGAAUUUGCAGGAGUAAACAACUCCUUAGGUUUUGUAAACAGGUUUCAGGAGGUAAAGAUCUUUUUCUGUUGUGUCCCUAGGGUGAUGUUAUGCCCUCUCGGUUUGUAGUGAAGAGGGGUUGUAGCUCGGUCAUAAGACUGCUUGGUCUGCGCUAGCAUCCACCUUUAGACGGUUUGUUACAAAGGGCUUGGGUAGUUGUAAUUUCCGUUUUAUUUCUGGACAGAUUGAAUAUUCUUUAAGACUUUGAUCUGUAGGGCAGACACUAGGGCAGUUUCUGCAGUCAGCUCCAUACAUAAUAGCCCUUAUAUCAGGAUGUGAAUGGGUUUGCCUUUCACUGAGUACCAGAGAGGAUUUCCCCAGGUCACUGUGUGGAUUUCUAUUUAGGCAAAACUGGUCAUGCACUGUGGCUGAGAGCUGGAACUGAGUCACUGAACUGCUUCAGGGACCACAGUAAAAACCAAGCUAUGUGUUCUUAUUUUACCAAAGACCUUUGGCCAGAGCAAGACAUAAAAGAUUCUUUCCAACAAGUGAUACUGAGAAGAUACAGAAAAUGUGAACAUGAGAAUUUACAAUUAAGAAAAGGUUCCGCAAGUGUAGAUGAGUGUAAGGUGCACAGAGAAGGUUAUAAUGAACUAAACCAGUGUUUGACAACUACCCAGAGCAAAAUAUUUCAAUGUGAUAAAUAUAUAAAAGUCUUUCAUGAAAAUUUAAAUUCAAAUAGACAUAAGACAAGACAUACUGGAAAGAAACCUUUCAAAUGUAAAAAAUGUGACAAAUCGUUUUGCAUGCUUUUACACCUAAGUCAACAUAAAAGAAUUCAUAUUAGAGAGAAUUCUUACCAAUGCGAAGAAUGUGACAAAGUCUUUACGCGGUUCUCAACCCUUACUAGACACAAGAGAAUUCAUACUGGAGAGAAACCCUUCAAAUGUAAAGAAUGUGGCAAAGCUUUUAAGCACUCUUCAACCCUUACUACACAUAAGAUGAUUCAUACUGGAGAGAAACCCUACAGAUGUGAAGAAUGUGGCAAAGCCUUCUGCCAUUCCUCACACCUUACUACACAUAAGAUAAUUCAUACUGGAGAGAAACCUUACAAAUGUGAGGAAUGUGGCAAAGCUUUUAACCAAUCCUCAAACCUUAGGAAACAUAAGAUAAUUCAUACUGGAGAGAAACUCCACAAAUGUGAAGAAUGUGGCAAAGCUUUUAACCGAUCCUCAAACCUUACUACACAUAAGAGAAUUCACACUGGAGAGAGACCCUACAAAUGUGAAGAAUGUGGCAAAGCUUUUAACCGAUCCUCAAACCUUGCUAAACAUAACAUAAUUCAUACUGGAAAGAAAUCUUACAAACAUGGAGAAUGUGGUAAAACCUUUAACCAGUCCUCAACUCUUACUAAACAUAAGAAAAUUCAGCAGGACGUGGUGGCUCACACCUGUAAUCCCAGCACAUUGAGAGGACAAGGCGAGCAGAUCGCAAGGUCAGGAGUUUGAGACCAGCCUGGCACAUGGUGAAACCCUAUCUCUACUAAAAAUACAAAAAUUUGCUGGGUGUGGUGGCGGGCACCUGUAAUCCCAGCUACUCAGGAGGCAGAAGCAGGAGAAUCAUUUGAACCCAGGAGGCACAGUUUGCAGUGAGCCAAGAUCGUGCCAUUCUACUCCAGCCUGGGCCACAAGGCAAGACUCUGUCGCAAAAAAAAAAAAAAAAAGGAAAAUUCAUCCUGGAAAGAAACCUCAUAACUGUGAAGAAUAUCGCAAUGCUUUCAACCAGUCCUUGAAUCUUAUUGAAAAAAAUAAUUCACACUGGAGAGAAACUACAAAUGUGAAGAAUGUGGCAAAGCCUUUAACCAGUCUUCAGACUCUUACUAAGCAUUAAAAAAAUUCAUACUGUACAGAAACCCUAUGAGGGUGAAAAACAUGGCAAAGCCUUUAACAGGCUUUCAAUUCUUAACAGACAUAAGAUAAUUUAUACUGGAAAGAAAUUCUACAAACAAGAAAGAUGUGACAAUGCUUUUGACAACACCUCAAACUUUUCUAACCAUAAAAGAAAUUAUGCUGGUGAGAAAUCUUAGAAAUCUGAAGAAUGAGACAAAGCCUUUAAAUGGUUGUCACAUUUGAUUGUAGGUAAGAUAAUUCAUACUAGAGAAAACACCUACAUGUGUGAACAAUGUGGCAAAACUUAACCAAUGCUCACACCUUAUUGCACAGGAAAGCAUUUAUACUUGAGAUAAAUUAUACAAACAUAAAGACUGAAAAAGUCAUUAAUAUAUGUUCAUGUCUUAACACUAGAGAGUUCAUACUUAAUAAAAUCAUUGUAUGUACAAUUACUGUCAAAAGAUCUUUCAGAAAAUACAAGCUUUUGACUAGGCGUGGUGGCUCAGGCCUGUAAUCCCAACACUUUUGUAGGCCAAGGCAGGUGGAUCACGAGGUCAGGAGUUUGAGACCAGCCUAUCCAAGAUGCUGAAACCCCAUCUCUACUAAAAAUAUAACAAUUAGCCGGGCAUGGUUGUGAUGCCUGUAAUCCUAGCUACUCAAGAGGCUGAGGCAGGAGAAUCACUUGAAGUCAGGGAGGGAGAG